CAGCAGGGAUAGCGGGAGAUCUGUGGGGCCCACAGGGGGAAGAUCUAUGGAGAGAGAAAUGGGAUUGAGAUGAAUAGCCUAGUUUCUAUGGGCUGUCCUCUAUCGCGCAAUACAUUAGAGUCCAUUAUGAAAGUUGGUGCAGCAGUUCACUGUCUUUUCGGAAAUGGCAAAGGCGGAACUUGGUUCGACAUGGUGGUGUUCCCAAGCUCUUUGACAGAGGAAGAGGAAUCUCUGCAGAAGAAAUAUGCCAAACUCAAGAAAAAGAAAAAGGCACUGCUGGCUUUGAAGAAGCAGCAGAGUUCAACCAGCCAGACCAAUCAGAGUGGAUUGAAGCGAACUUUGUCAGACCAGCCGGUGCUAGAUACAGCAACAGCUACAGAGCAGGCAAAGAUGCUUAUCAAGUCUGGAGCCAUCAGCGCCAUCAAGUCAGAGAACAAGAACUCUGGCUUCAAGCGCUCUAGAACGCUAGAGAUCAAGCUCAAGGAUCCAGAGAAAGUCCCAGGCCCUGUGGCUUUCCAACCAUUCCAAAGGAGCAUGUCCACUGAUGAGGAACUUUCUGAGGCUGGCAAAAGAGCCCACAGAAAAUCUUUGUACGAGAGCUUCGUCACUCCAGGUGACCGGGCGGCUCGUGAUGAGGAGGAGGGAGGCGGCGGCCUUUCCACCAGCAGAGACAUGGAGCGAGAGAGAGACAGAGGAGAUCGAGAGAUGGACAGAGAGAGGGAGCGCGACAGAGAGAGAGACCGGGACAGAGAGAGAGACCGGGGCAGCGGCGACCGGGGCAGGGACAGAGAGCCGCGAGACCGCGAGAGAGACAGGAGCCAGGACGGAGACCGGGAAAGGGGAGGAGACAGAGAGUCACGUGAGCGAGACGGACCGUUCAGACGAUCAGACUCGUACCCAGAGCGGAGAGGGGUGAGGAAGGGGAACACAGUGUACGUGUAUGGAACUGGCCUUGUGGAGGACAACCUGCGUUCAGCCUUCUCACAACAGGGCACCAUCAUUGACCUGUCCAUGGAUUCCCCACGCAACUGUGCAUUUAUCACCUUUGAGAAGAUGGAGUCUGCAGACCAAGCUGUAGCGGAGUUGAAUGGAAGCACGGUGGGAGACGUCACCAUCAAAGUCAGCAUCGCCAGGAAGCAGCCCAUGCUGGAGGCAGCCACCGGCAAAUCUGUUUGGGCCACUCUGGCUGUGCAGAACAGUGCCAAAGGUUCCUACAGAGACAAGAGAAACCAGGUUGUGUACAGUGAGGAUUUCCUAUGAGCUAAGAGGCGUGCCCCGCAUUGGAGAUCUGUACGAAUCAAUGAGUUAGCUUUGUAUGCAUUUUCUAUAUUGCAUUUUGUGUUGGUUGUUGAUUGCCCGAUACGGCACCAUGUGUCAGUUCUGAGUAGAUGCUACAUUUCAUUCAUGGCAAUGACCAUGUGAACAAAGAUUGUGGUGGUUUGGUCUUGCUCUUGUAACCAGGGUUUUCAUUGUUUUGUGGAGCUCAAUAAAUCACAUCAAUAAAUUUUUCCAUCUGGUUGUCU